UGCAAGCAACAUAACCUCAUCUUUAACCUAUAAAUUUGUGUAUCGUUUUAGACUUAAAAAAUACUUACAGACUAAGUUUUUAGAAUUAUUUGUACCUAAAAUGACUAAAAUAAAAAAUUCUAAAACUAAGGGUUCUAAAACAUGUAAUACGAGUGAUAAAAACUCAGUAUCUUCCUUUAAAUUUUCUUGGGAUACUUCUAAGAAACAACCAAAACCACCAAUAGCUCGAAAAAGAAAGAAUGUUACAGAUAACAAGGGAGAGAGAACUGAGCAAAGCAUUCCUGCUAUUCAGAUUUUGAAGCAACCAGAAAAGUCUCACGUUGCAAAACAAUCUGCACCAUCAAAUGCAAGUGCCUUAAGUAAACGUAUAAAUAGUAAAAAACCAACUAAAAUAAGUUUAUCCAAGAGUUACAAGUCAAAUACGCAGUCAGAGAACGUUAUUGUUGAGUUAAGUGAAAGUGAUGAUGAAUCUAAUGCAAAUGUUAAUAAAGUUUCCCACCCUCAGAAAAUUUCGAACAAGAGUAAAAGUGUUGUUGAGAAUUCAAAGAAUUCGGUUUCUGAAAAAGUAUUUACGUCUUCAGGAAAAAAGUUCAGUGAUUUAGAUAUUCACCAACAUCUAGUUUCAAAUUUAGACAAAAACGGUUUUAAUAAUGUUACUGUUGUUCAAGAAAGAGCACUGCCUGUAGUUACAUCAGGAAAAGAUGUAUUGAUUCGAUCCCAAACGGGGUCAGGAAAGACAUUAGCCUAUGCUGUUCCAAUAGUUGAUAGCUUACGUGGAAUUGUGCCUAAACUAAAUAGAUCAAAUGGAGUUCAGGCCCUUGUUGUAGUUCCAACAAGGGAACUUGCCCUCCAGACUCACGAAUUAUUUGGAAAGAUAAAUACUUUCCAAUGGGUAGUAACAGGGCUCUUGUGUGGCGGUGAAAAGAGAAAAGCAGAAAAAGAAAGACUGAGAAAGGGGAUACACAUUUUAAUAGGCACACCAGGGAGAUUAUUGGAUCAUAUAGUGCACACUUCUGCCCUUAAAAUGAAUAAUAUUCGGUGUCUUGUAAUUGACGAAGCCGACAGAUUAAUGGAAAUGGGUUUCCGAAAGGACAUCGUCAAGUUGGUAGAGGAGUUAGAUAAGGCAAAACGCAAUGCGGAAUACGACCCUUUGAAAUUAUUAAGAAAUCAACAAAAACCUCAAAUCGAAAAUGAAGACAAACAAGUCGAAAAGUUUAUUGACGGAAUGCCGUUAAGAGAUACAAAUAGUAACGCAAGACAAACGAUCCUAUUAUCUGCAACGCUUACAAAAGCGGUUACAGAGUUGGCCGAAUUCACAAUGAAAGAUCAUGUAUUUGUUGACGCGUUAGAUGAAAACGCUAAAAGUACAUUUAAUCCGGAAAAUUUAAUUAUCCCAAAUACUGUAAAGCAAGAAUACGUUGUGGUUGAAGUGAAGCAGAAGCUGAUUGCUUUGGCUGCCCUCAUUUUGACUAAAUAUGAACAGGGCAGUUCGAAGAUUUUUGUAUUUAUGGCCAGCAGUCAAAUGGUAGACUUCCAUUACGAAUUGUUUAGUAAAUAUUUCCUGUAUCUCCCUAAAAAUCGUGGUGUACGAAAACGUGAUAAAGUAGUGUUUACUGAAGGUGAAAGUGAAAGUGAAAAUAGUAGUAAUGAAGAAGAAGACGUGUUGGAUACGGAAUUCUUCAAAUUGCACGGGUCCAUGGAUCAAAAGAUGAGGAAAGAAAUUUUCAUUUCGUUUAGAAAAGCACAGAAAGGCAUUUUGUUUUGUACGGAUGUUGCUGCAAGAGGCUUGGAUGUUCCAACAGCUGACUAUGUUAUACAGUACAAUGGACCCCAAACAGAUGAUGAUUAUGUCCAUAGAGUUGGAAGAACGGGUAGAGCUGGAAAGUCAGGGGGUGCAAUUAUAUUUUUAACACCAGAAGAAGAAGAUUAUAUAAAAAGGCUACAGGAGCACAAGGUCUUCGUGAAAAAGCGAGAUGUUGACUUUUAUUUGCAUAAUUUGUGUACAUUGAUGGAUGAACCUAACAUAGGUCAAGCAGGGAUAGCGUUGCAAAGAAGAUUUGAAACAGCAGUCAAUAAAGAUAGAGAAUUAUACAAACAGGCUUGUUUCGCAUAUUCGUCAUGGUCGAGGUUUUAUAACAGUUAUCCGACAAAAAUGCGUUCCAUUUUUAAUUUUAAAAGUGCCAAUUUAGGUCACUACGCUUCGAGUUUCGCAAUCCGCGAUCCGCCUUCGCACAUUGCAAAAGUCGUGAGAGGACAAGUGAGUCAUUUGGAAGUCUCCAAGCUCAAUCCCAAACUGGACAUACACAAGGACGAUGACGAUAACGACAACUCAGCAGUAAAACAUAAAAAUGAGAAUUCCAAAAAGAGGAAUUUCGGUUUAUCAACCUCUGAAUUUGGAAGUGGUCUUGAGCCCCUCAAGAAGAAGAAGAUAAAGCAAACCUAAUUCGAAUGUUUUGUCAUUUUAUGAUUAAUUAUAUUGAUGUUUUUAUUAAUUAAUGGUAAUUAAAGUUAUUAUU